AUGCCGUUCUCCCACCACAGCCACUCAGGCCAGUUCUGCCCAGGACAUGCUCAGAACUCAUUAGAAGAUGUCAUCCAAACAGCAAUCAGCAAGAAAAUGCAAGUUUUCUGCCUGACUGAACACAUGCCCCGCCAUAAAGAAGAUUUCUAUCCGGAAGAAAUUGAAUCCGGAAAUACAGAAGAAAGCCAUGCAGCUAAUGAAGCCGCUUACUGGGAAGAAGCAGUGCGCCUUCGCGAAAAAUAUGCAUCCCAGAUCAAGAUCAUCAUCGGCUUCGAGAUCGACUGGAUCAGACCUGCCUCGAGAGAUCUGAUUGACCGCUCUCUGGCAAGGUUCCCCUUUGAAUUCUUCAUCGGCUCCGUUCAUCACAUGCACACCGUGCCGAUCGACUAUGAUCGAGCGAUGUAUGAGCAGGCGCGAGAGCUCGCGGGUGGAACCGAUGAGCGUCUUUUUGAGGACUACUUCGAUGCGCAAUUCGAUAUGCUGCAGCAAUUGCAGCCGCUGGUCGUGGGUCAUUUCGAUCUGAUUCGUCUCAAGAGCGACGAUAUGGAACGCAGCUUUACAGAGUGGCCCGGUGUUUGGAGCAAGAUUUUGCGGAACUUGGAUCUCAUUGCUUCGUAUGGAGGCAUGUUGGAGCUCAAUUCCGCAGCAUUGCGGAAGGGAAUGACUGAGCCCUAUCCUAAGGCUGAGAUUUGCAAGGAAUUCGUGGCUCGAGGCGGUCGCUUUGUUCUGUCUGAUGACAGCCAUGGCGUUGACCAGGUGGCUUUGAACUUCCACCGGGUCCUGAAAUUCUUGGACCUUGCGGGCAUUACUACGCUUCAUUACCUCCAGCUGGGAGUGCCCUCGGUGUCAGCCAUUGUCCCCGAUGCUCGAUUCCCUCAGACGCAGGUCGCGGAGAUUUCCGUGGCAGAUCUGAGCAAGAUGGAAUUCUGGUCAUAG